AAUUCUCAGUCUUCGGUGCCAUCAAAUCAAGUACAUCAGUUGGUCAGUAGUGGUCUGGGUAUAUUAAACGCAAGAAUUCAAUUCCGAAUACACGGCAUUUAUACGUUAUUACGGCGUAACCUCUAUCUCACGGAUCUCGCUACAAUAUGAAAACUGAAGCACAGAGAACACCAAUACAAAGUUUUUACGCCAGACAGACAAUCCUUAUUACAGGAAGUACAGGCUUUCUUGGAAAAAUGUUGACAGAGAAACUAUUACGAAGUUGCCCUGAUAUUUCUAUGAUAUAUCUAAUAAUACGUUCGCAAAAAGAUAAAUGCCCUGAAAACCGAUUGGACGAAAUGCUUGAAAAUCCGCUUUAUGACCAUGUAAAAAAAGAAGUACCUAAUUUUCGCAAAAAAAUCGUACCAAUCAGAGGAGAUUUCAAUAUCAAAGAUUUGGGAUUGUCAGAAAGUGAUAAAAACAUGCUAAUAAGUAAGGUAUCCAUAAUUUUUCAUAUAGCAGCGAAUAUGAAGUUCUACGAAAAGAUCAAAAUUGCUACAAUAGAAAACAUUGAUGCUACCGCUACCAUCUUAAAACUUGCAAAACACAUGCCAAAUUUGAAGGUAAUUGAUUCAACAAUAUACUCAAAUUGUCAUAUAAAACAUAUCGAAGAACGGUUAUAUUCGUAUCCCAUUAAUCAUAAAUAUCUUAUCAUGUUCGCACGUAACUUACCCGAAAACAUAUUCGAGGAGAAAAUUUCUAAAAUCGUCUCACAAUGGCCGAAUACAUAUACAUUCACGAAGGCGAUUGCAGAAAGUCUCUUUAAAAACGAAAGCGGAGAUUUACCAAUUGGAAUAUUUCGACCUGCAAUAAUUAUAUCUAGCGCCAGUGAACCACUUGUCGGAUGGAUCGACAACAUAUAUGGACCAUCAGGUUUCGUAAUGAGUUUGCUACUUGGUGUGGCAAGAUUUAUACAUUGUAAUGGCAAUCACAAGGCGAAUAUAGUGCCUGUUGAUUUUACUGCAAACGCUUUAAUUGCUAGUGCGUGGGAUGUCCAUAAUCAACACGGUAAGAUUUUUAUUGUUUAUUUAAAUGCAAAUUUACGUUCUAGGCGGGUCAAGGAUAUGUUAAUUUAUAAUUUUGUUCCGCCAAUCGAUGGGCCUACUUGGAAAGAAUACAUUUAUGUACUACUUGACAUCAAUAAAAUGUAUCCCUUGCGUAAUGCUAUAUAUUUACCAUUAAUGACUUUUUUCAAACAUGAGAUAUCAUACAGAUUUUGCGUUUGGUUCGGUCAUUUUCUUCCUGCUUUACUUUUGGAUGCUGCCAGUAUCUGUAUUGGACGUAGCCCGAGAAUGUGGAAGUUAUAUAUGAAGGUAGAUAAAUUUAGUAAAGCAAUCGAACCUUUUAGUAACACAGAAUGGAAUUAUUCUACUGACAAUAUUCAAUCAAUGUGGGAUAAUCUCAAUGAGAAAGAUCAACAAUUAUUUAAGUUUAACAUGAUGGAAUUUAAUUGGACAGAAUACUUAAUUAAUUAUUAUCAGGGCAUACGGUUCUAUCAACUUAAUGAAAAUGAUAGUAUGUUAAAAGAUAGUCGUAUGAAAUAUGCAAGGUUUUAUUGGAUACACCAAACCAUCAAAACUAUAUUUUUCUUUAUAAUCUUUUGGAUCAUCUGGUUUAUGUUUAGAGGAAUGUUCGAAUAA